ACCCGGAAGAAAGCAUAAUUUCCAAAGAUGGCGGAGCAAGGUCCGAUGGCCAUAGCGAUGCGGCUACGAAAUCAGCUACAGUCCGUCUACAAACUGGACCCGCUGAGGAACGAGGAGGAGGUCAAGUUGAAGAUCAAGGACCUGAAUGAACACAUCGUCUGCUACCUGUGUGCGGGAUACUUCAUCGAUGCCACAACUAUUACAGAGUGUUUGCACACCUUCUGUAAAAGUUGUAUUGUGAAAUACCUGCAAACGAGCAAGUAUUGUCCCAUGUGCAACAUCAAAAUCCAUGAAACGCAGCCUCUACUCAACCUCAAACUGGAUCGAGUGAUGCAAGACAUCGUCUACAAACUGGUGCCUGGACUACAAGAAAGUGAAGACAAAAGAAUAAAGGAAUUUUAUCAGUCGCGUGGGUUAGAGAGAGUCAUCCAACCAGCUGGAGAUGACGCUGUACCCGACGCUACAGGUUUACCGUACACAAGCUUCGACCAUUCAAAAGCCCACUUCUACAGAUAUGAUGAGCAGGUUUCGCUGUGCUUAGAAAGGCUAAGUUCAUCGCUUGCUGGAAAAGAUAAGACGAAACUUACUCUCCAGAAGUUUGUUCGUUGUUCUGUGCGAGCGGAGGUGAGACACCUACGGAAAGUGCUUUGUCAUCGACUAAACGUGGAAAAACAUCAGGUCCAGAUGUUGUUCAAUAACGAGUCUCUGCCCGAUCACAUGACCAUGAAACGGUUAUGGCUCUCACACUGGUUUGGCAAGGCCCAACCGUUAGUCCUUCACUACACCAUCAAGGACAAAAGGACCAGAUAGGACAUGUUUUCACCCUGAGGACAGCUGUACAUAUUUUGUACCAUACAUAUUCUAUUUUAAUAGUGUUUGUGUACAUAUACUUAUUUUCCUUGUUUUGUAUUUUUGAAAAUAAAUUUUAAAUGGGAAAAAUAAUAGUUUGUAUGACUUGCGUGCAGUGGAGUAUAUUUUUGGAGUUUGCUGUUUGCUUCCUUUUGGACGGGUUAAAAUAUGUUUAUUUACUUUUGAAUUUUAAGACAUUAUAGUUUCUUAUACUUCUGAUGUGCUACAUAAGUUUUGCAGAGAAUUAAUAAAUUAUUGGUUUUUGUAAUCUUUUUAUCUACCAUUAUGUCACGACGUGUGAUUAAUGGUGCAGCGAUUUGCAGUUAUGAGCAACAGAAGUGGCUAAUAAAAUGUACACACAUAAUUGUAUGUUGAAAUAUGUUUGAGGUAUGAACCACCAGCAUGUUGCAAGCAAAAAAGAGAUGAUUAAAUUAUUUAUAUUGUUUGGAACAUGAUGUCAUGGUCGUGCAC